GCUUGUCCCAGGAAGUCUUCGGUGGGUAGACACCGCACCCGGAAGUGAGGCGCCUCCGUAACCGAGCGGUGGCGCGGCUGGUGGGCCGGGGGUCCGGUUUAUUUUGGAGGAAGUCACUGCAUCGAACCUGAGAAGCAGGUGAGGAAGGCUGCACAGCUAUCGGCUGGGCUGACCAUGGCCCUUUCUGUGGAGACUGAGUCGCACAUCUACCGAGCUCUGCGCACUGCCUCUGGGGCUGCAGCCCACCUUGUGGCCUUGGGAUUUACCAUUUUUGUGGCUGUACUUGCCAGACCUGGCUCCAGUCUGUUCUCCUGGCACCCCGUUCUUAUGUCUUUGGCUUUCUCCUUCCUGAUGACUGAGGCCCUCCUCAUGUUUUCUCCCGAGAGCUCACUGCUGCGCUCCCUCUCACGGAAGGUCCGAGCACGCUGCCACUGGGUGCUACAGCUGCUAGCCCUACUGUGUGCUCUGCUGGGUCUAGGUCUUGUCAUCCUCCACAAAGAACAGCUUGGGAAAGCACACCUGGCCACUCGCCAUGGGCAGGCAGGGCUGUUAGCUGUGCUGUGGGCAGGCCUGCAGUGCUCAGGGGGCGUGGGGCUGCUUUACCCCAAGCUGCUGCCCCGAUGGCCCUUGGCAAAGCUGAAACUCUACCAUGCUACGUCUGGGUUGGUGGGCUACCUGCUGGGUAGUGCCAGUCUGCUGUUGGGCAUGUGCUCGCUCUGGUUCACUGCCACGGUCACUGGCGGUGCCUGGUACCUGGCAGCGCUGUGCCCCAUCCUCACCAGUUUGGUUAUCAUGAACCAAGUGAGCAAUGCCUAUCUGUACCGCAAGAGGAUCCAACCCUGAGCACGUGCCAGCCACUGGGAAGCCUGAAUUUGCACCUCAGCAUAGGACCUGGAGCUGGGGACCUGUUGGAUCAGGGAACGCUUCAGGUACUAGGGCACUCAGGGGCAGAGCUGUGACGUUCCUGCUCCUCAUGCUGGAGUGCCUCCCUUUUCUUUCCUGUCAACUCAGGGGCGUGUGGAUCAUGUGUCUGGAUGAAGUUGGGGUGGCAAGACUGUCUCCCCAGCCAUCAGCUUGUAUUUGUACUGGUGUGUCUAGAAAUCAUGGAGGAAAAAACUAAAAUAAACAGACAAAAACCUGAAAGACCGAUGGGGAGAGCAGACAGAAUUGGGGGGUGGUUUUUGGUAACCCAUCAUCACGAGGAAAUGGCAGCUGUGCAAGGUGUGGACCCCUCCACAUGGUGGGUGUCCUCAGAACCUGGCUGUUAAACUUCCUAGGACACC